AUGUAUUUGGCCGACGCCUCAGAUGCUACUCGCUGCAAGGCCUUCCCGACAACCUUGACAAAAGCGGCCAUGAAGUGGUUUAAUAGCCUGCCUCCUAGGCUGGUAACCAGUUUCGACGACCUCGCGUGUAAAUUUCUCACACGAUUUUCAAUCCAGAAAGAUAAGGUUAAGCAUGCACCUAGCCUACUCGAAGUGAAACAAGAAGCCCGAGAACCCCUGAGAGACUACAUGGAGAGCAUUAGCAAAGCAUGCUUGGAAAUCCAAGACCUGCUUACUGAAGCCGUAAUCAUGGGACUAGUCAAUGGGCUCCGAGAAGGACCCUUCUCCCAAUCUAUAUCAAAAAGACAUCCGACUUCCCUGAUCGAUGUACAAGAGAGAGCUGAAAAGUACAUCAAUAUAGAAGAAAAUGCCCGGCUACAAGAACCUAGUUGGCGACUUAGGCACCCUCACCAGCUAAAGGAAAAAGAGAGGGAACCCAAGAGGAAAGAAGAAGUCAAAUCCGAGAAGCCCAGAAGGUACCACAAUUAUACUCUGUUACGAGUUUCUCUCAUGGAUGUUUACAGGAAAAUUUAUCACACCGAGAAGCUCCCUCCCCCGCGUCCAAUUAAAAACAAAAAAGGUGGGAGCCGUAACGAGUAUUAUGAGUACCACAAGUUGUAUGGGCACUCAACAAAUGAUUCUUAUAACCUAAAAAAUGUGAUAGAAAAACUGGCCAGGGAAGGUCGGUUGGAUAGAUAUCUCAUGGAAAGGUCGGACAAUCACGGAAAAAGGAAAAGAGACAACGAAGACCUUGACCGAAGAGGUCCGCCCCCGCAGACUCCAGAACGACACAUUCACAUGAUAUCUGGAGGAUUCACUAAAGGGGGCUGA